CAUUGCAGGGAAGGAGGUUGGAGAAUUCUGGAUCACAUAGCUUGGGUUUGUAGCAUCUCUGCACUGUAGCUGCUUUUGUCUUGUACAUUAUAUAAAAUGACAUGAAAUAAUAGGAGACCUGACAAAAGGGGAGAAAAGGGACGCGAGUUGGAUUUCUGGGACCUUGUGUGAUCACCGUAGGAAUACAGAGGUGAAAAUAUUUACAUUUCUAGCCCUGCAGCAGUUUUCCUGUUCCUGCUGAGGAACGAAGGAGGAGGGUCUUAGGAGAAGAUUUCUCUGCGUUUUCCCAUUGUCUGCUUGGAAAAUCUUGGAAAGACAUCAGCUCCGGCCACAUUUCUCCAUGAAUAGAUUAUCAAGAGUCCAGGAAACAUCAAACAUCACAAUGACCAAAGCUUGGAGGAAAAUUAAAGUCCAUCAGGGUUGACCUCAAACCACGCUCAUCCUACAACGGCACCCUGUGCGAAGAACCAUGACUCUAACAACAGCCAAACCUGAUCUGUUCACUUCACCCCAAACACUGACCCCGUUCCCAACUCUCAGCACUACCCUACCCAUCACCACCUCGAUUCCCAUUCUCACGAGGUCUGUGGAAACCACAACCGGACCUGAUAACGUUACAUCCAGAACUACAUACCGUUCUAUUACGUCAUCCACCAAUGAGACGGGCCUCAACUCCACACAGCUGCCAAUGGGAUCCGUAGAAGGUGCUGGGAUGGGCAUGGUGCUCGUACCCUUUGGUAUCAUCACGGUUAUUGGGCUGGCCGUCGUUGUGCUUUUGUACAUCAGGAAAAAGAAACGGUUGGAAAAACUGAGACAUCAGCUGAUGCCCAUGUAUAACUUUGAUCCAGCUGAAGAGCAGGAUGAUCUUGAACAAGAGCUUUUGGAUCACGGGCGAGACGGAAGCCUAGCUGGACCAAACUCAAAAUUCUGACACAAGGCCUUGUCGUUUAUUAUUUGUGGUAAAGUAUUCAUCAAUAAAUCUCUGACUGUUUCACAAAUCCAUUUAGGGGAGAAUCGGGGUGAAAGUAAAGCGGGGUGAAAGUAACAAAGUGAUUUUCUCAGAACCCUGAUUUUAUUUGCAUUUCAAACUAUGACAGCAUCUUUAGCACGCAACCCUUGACAUAGCUGACAAAUAUUGCGUUUCAGUCAUCGUUUCGCACGUCUAGGUCCAGAAAGCUGUUUUCCACCAUGAUAAGUAAAUUCUUAAAGUGGUAAUUUUUUUCUUAUAACGUGUAUGUUUCUGGUUUCAUGUGUUACAGUACUGAUCAAUCUACAGGUUAUUUAGUGCUCUAACACAUCCUGAAGUUUGACUUCUUAGAGUUUUUCAAAAUAAAAGUAAAGCGGGUUGAAAUGUUAGACGUUCGUUUUACUGAAGUCGUUUUACAUUUGAUGAAAAUUCCACCUUGACUUGUGAGUUAUUGACCUCAUCAAAUCAAUCAAUCUGUCUAAAACAUUAUCUUUUAAACUUACGUUUUUGUUAAAAAUGGUACUUUCGCCCCUGCUCUCCCCUACAUCAAAUUUACAACUCAUCUUCAAACAUGCAACAUCUGUAACAUGAUUUAUCCAAAUCUACAGUCCUUCUUCAGUACUGGUCUGUUAAUAUCUCAUCAUUACUUUAUACUCAUCUGCACACUGUCAACAUUAUACUCUUACAAAUAAAAGUGCUUCAUGAUGCCACAGAAGAAACAUUUUUGGCUGAAUGGUUCCAUAAAAGAAGAAAUGGUUCUCCUUUGACCGAAUGCUUCUUUGAGGAACCAAAAAUAGUUCUUCUAUGGCAUCACAAUGAAGAACCAUUUAAGCACAUUUAUUUUUGAGAGUGUACACAAAUGAUCAAACUAUAUCUGUGUGUAAACUAUUGUGUAACUUCACGUCAUCUUUCAUUGUAUUAACACGGUGCUUUCUGAAUUGUGUAUUUUAUAUUUCUGAAACCAAACGGCAUCUACCAACAAAAAAUCUUGAAAUCAACUUAAUUUUUUCAUAUUUGGUUUGACUUUUAAUCAACUGAAGUUGAUUAAAGGAACCAAAUUAACUAUGAAUGUAUUUCACUAAUGCUUGACCACCACAAACUAUAUAUAUUUGUAAACUGUGUAGCCUACUUUUCAUCUAGUAAAUGCCACUUUGGUUUGAUAUUUUGUUAUCACACUUAGACAUUUUUAAACAAGGCUAGUUCACCCAAAAACAAAAAUUCUGUCAUAAUUUCCUCAUCCUCAUGUUGAGUUUUUAAACACAAAAGAAGAUAUUUUGACAAGUGAUGAUAAACACACAGUUGAUAGUAAUCAGUGACUUCCAUAAUAGGAAAACAAAUAUGAUGGAAUUCAAUGGGUACCAUCAACUGUGUGCUUAAAACAUCUUCUUUAUCAUUUAUCACAAUAUUUUCAUUACAUUUGUUUUCCUACUAUGGAAGUUAAUGGUUACAAUCAGCUGUGUGCUUGCAUAAUUUAUAAAAAUAUAUUUUGUGUUCAUCAGAAAAAAAGAAAUUCACACAGGUCUAAAACAACAUGAGGAUGAGAACAUGAUGACAGAAUUUUCAUUUUUUGGUGAACUGUCCCUUUAAGUCCAAAUAUUUUCAGGUCACCCUACACUGAAAAAGUA